UUGGGCGGAGCCGAGCUUCCCAAGGAGGCAGAGGCGGAGCCACCGGGAGGGGGCGGGACGAGGCUGACCCGCCCAGGGGUGGGGGCUUACGGGGGGCUACUUAAGCACCAUCGCAGGGGACCCACGUUAGUUCAGCCAUGGCUCUGAGACGCAGUUUCUCUGCGCUGCGCCUCUGCACCUCCCGCCUAGCCCCACUGUCUACGGCUCCGGAGGCCCGCGAACAACCUACCCCCGGCCCGGGAGUCGGCUUGGACGGCGGAGCCAAGAAGGUUGCGCGGCCGCCGCUGCCCACCGUGAACUUCGACAACACGCAGGAGGCAUACCGCAGCCGGCGGAGCUGGGAGCUGGCGCGCAACCUGCUGGUGCUGCGCCUGUGCGCCUCGCCGGCGCUGCUGGCGCGCCAUGAACAGCUGCUUCAUCUUGCCAGGAAACUUCUGGGGCAAAGGCUUUUUGACAAGCUGAUGAAAUUGACCUUCUAUGGGCAGUUUGUGGCCGGUGAGGACCAAGAAGCCAUCCGACCCCUCAUCAGACAUAACAAGGCCUUUGGCGUGGGCUGCAUCCUGGACUAUGGGGUGGAGGAGGACCUGACCCCCCAGGAGGAGGAGUGCAAAGAAAUGAACAGGUCUUCUUCCUGGGCUGUGGAGAGGGAAGGCAGUGGCUCGGCUAAGAGGGAGAAGCAGAGCCAGGCCCACCCAGACCACCGCAGGGAUGGUGUUCUCAGCACCCACACCUACCUCUACGCCAGCGAGGCCAAGUGUGACAGCAACUUGGAGACACAGUUGCAAAGCAUCGAGGCUUCAGGAGCCGCCAGCGAUGACAGCUUCUUAGCCAUCAAGCUCACGGCUUUGGGGCGACCCCAAUUUUUGCUGCAGCUCUCAGGUGUGCUGACCAAGUGGAAGCGAUUCUUCCAUCAAAUAGCUGCUGAGCAAGGGAUGGCAAGGCUGGCCGCUCUGGACAAGAGGCUAGAGGUGGCGGCGCUGCAGGAAAGUGUGGUGAAGAUGGGGCUGGCCUCCAGGGAGCAGGCUAAGAGCUGUUUCACCCAGGAGACCCUGGGCGUGUCCAGCACCUUGGACCUGUUGGAUUGGUGCAGAAUCAUUGACAAUAGGACUGAGCUGUCCAAGCACCUGGUGGUGCCCAACAUGAAGACGGGCCUGUUGGAGCCCCUGCUGUCACAGUUCACUGAGGAAGAGGAGCGACAGAUGACUCGGAUUCUGCAGAGACUGGACAUUCUGGCCAAGAAAGGCAUGGAGACGGGCGUGCGACUGAUGGUAGAUGCCGAGCAGACCUACUUUCAGCCGGCCAUCAGCCAUCUGGCUCUGGAGAUGCAGCGCAAGUUCAACGUGGACAAGCCACUUGUCUUUAACACAUACCAGUGUUAUCUCAAGGAAGCCUAUGACAAUGUCACCCUGGACUUGGAGCGGGCUCACCGUGAGGGCUGGUGCUUUGGGGCGAAGCUGGUGCGGGGUGCAUACAUGGCCCAGGAGCGUGCCCGGGCAGCGGAGAUGGGCUACGAGGACCCCAUCAACCCCACGUAUGAGGCCACCAACGUCAUGUACCACAGGUGCCUCAACUAUGUCCUGGAGAAGCUGACACACAACACCAAGGCAGAAGUGAUGGUGGCUUCCCACAAUGAGGACACAGUGCGCUUCACACUGCGCAGGAUGGAGGAGUUGGGCCUACACCCCACUGACCGCCAGGUGUGCUUCGGACAGUUGCUGGGCAUGUGUGACCAGAUCAGCUUUCCACUGGGCCAGGCAGGCUUCCUAGCCUAUAAGUACAUGCCUUACGGUCCUGUGAUGGAGGUGCUGCCCUACCUAUCGCGCCGGGCCCUGGAGAACAGUGGGCUCCUGAAAGGUGCCCGCCAGGAGCGGAAGCUGCUGUGGCAAGAGCUCCAGCGGAGGCUUCGCACAGGCAACCUCUUCUACCACCCGGCCUAAUCAGCUGCUGCAGCUGCAGCCACCAGCACACACACCACCAGGCCCAGCCCUCAGGGAUCCUCUCUCCUGGGCGGCCCCAGCCUGAUGCAGCAGCUGCAGCCCCUCCCCCCAGUCACCUUUUACACCUCAGAAUGGAGUCCUGCUGGAAGAGGGCUGACUGUCCUUGGUGCCUUCCAGCCUUGCCUUGGAUGUGGGCCUUCAGGGGAGGGCUGAGCCUCAGCUGCCAGAGCUGCUGGGGAGUCUCAAGUGCCCUUGAACAGGUGGGCAUGACCCACACCUCUGUCCAGCCACAUGCCCCUAGCCCUGAAGGACUGUCUUUCACCAGCAUAGGAGCCAUGCUGCCUGCUUCUCUGAACUUUAUCCCAGCUGUCCCCAGUGACCCCCCACAGGUGGGCAGUGGCCAAUGUGAGGAAGCAGGCCUGGUCAAUAAACCAUUGUCUGAA